CUCUCAGAUUGUUGGUAGCAGGGACAGCGUCGACGCCUGACUGGAUUCGCGGCGUUUUAUCGUCUAGUGGGGCGCUCUUCCUCGGGCGCUUGGAACCUGUCUCCGGCUUCCCGGCCGCGGAGCCUGGAAGGAGGCGUCCCCAGGCGACUGGAGAACGUUCCGGGGGCGCUCAGGAGCUCCCCUCGCCGCCCCGCGCAGCGCCAUGUCCUGGAUGUUCAGGAGAGAUCCUGUUUGGAAGUACUUGCAGACUGUCCAGUAUGGAGUCCAUGGAAAUUUUUCACGCCUUUCAUACCCUACUUUCUUUCCCCGUUUUGAAUUCCAAGAUAUUAUCCCUCCAGACGACUUCCUAACUAGUGAUGAAGAGCUAGAUUCUGUUUUAUUUGGAACUUUGAGAGGUCAUGUUGUUGGACUACGCUAUUAUACAGGAGUAGUUAAUAAUAAUGAAAUGGUUGCUUUACAACGAGAGCCUAAUAACCCCUAUGAUAAGAAUGCGAUUAAAGUAAACAACGUGAAUGGAAAUCAGGUUGGCCAUGUUAAGAAAGAUCUUGCAGCUGCUUUGGCCUAUAUCAUGGACAACAAGUUGGCUCAAGUUGAAGGGGUAGUUCCUUUUGGUGCAAACAAUGCUUUUACCAUGCCUCUCCAUAUGGCUUUUUGGGGAAAAGAAGAAAAUAGAAAAGCAGUUUUAGAUCAGCUGAAGAAACAUGGAUUUAAACUGAUUCCUCCACCAAAAACUUUAGGAUUCAGUGUGGAAAGUGGUUGGGGCUCUGGAAGAGCGGGACCAAGCUACAGUAUGCCAGUUCACGCUGCAGUGCAGAUGACGACUGAACAGCUUAAGACAGAAUUUGACAAAUUGUUUGAAGAUUUGAAAGAAGAUGAUAAAACUCAUGAAAUGGAACCAGCUGAGGCUAUUGAAACACCAUUACUUCCACAUCAAAAGCAAGCCCUGGCUUGGAUGGUUUCACGGGAAAAUAGUGAAGAUCUUCCACCCUUUUGGGAACAGCGAAGUGAUUUGUACUAUAAUACCAUAACAAAUUUUGCUGAGAAGGACCGACCAGAAGAUGUCCACGGAGGAAUUUUGGCUGAUGAUAUGGGUUUGGGAAAAACUCUUACAGCCAUUGCUGUAAUUCUUACCAAUUUCCAUGAUGGCACACCCCUUCCUGUUGAAAGAAUUAAAAAGAAUCAACUGAAGAAGGAAUGUAAUGUUAACAGUGAAUCUGUGAAACUUGAAGGAAAUACCAGUGAAAAAGCAGAUGGACUAAUCAAAGAAGGAUCUAGAUGUAGCAAAGAAUCCAGUAUUUCAGAUAUCAAGGAAAAGAAUAAAUACCCCAUGUCAGAAUUUUCUAGCUCCCGCCCCAAAAGAAGAAAAACCGUUGACAAGUAUAUGGAAAGCAGUGAUUCAGAGGAAUUCGAAAUAAGUGAAUUACCACAGAAAACAAAAGGCAAACUGAAAAAUGCAAAGUCAGAGACUAAAAGCAGGGAAAAGGCAGGCUCUUCGAAGAUUAAAGAGGAUUCAGAGUUUGCAUGUGCACUUACAUCAUCUACCCCUACAACAAAAAAGAAAAUGUUGAAAAAGGGAGUGUCUGCAGCGGAGGAGUCAAAGAAAACUGAUCUUGGAGAGAAACCAAGAACAACACUGAUCAUCUGUCCACUUUCUGUGUUAAGCAACUGGAUUGACCAAUUUGGACAACAUAUAAAAUCAGAGGUGCACUUGAAUUUCUAUGUUUAUUAUGGUCCUGAUCGUAUUAGAGACCCCAUUUUGCUUUCAAAACAGGAUAUUGUUUUGACCACAUACAAUAUUUUAACUCAUGACUAUGGGACUAAAGGGGAUAGUCCAUUACACAGCAUACGAUGGCUCAGAGUGAUUCUGGAUGAAGGACAUGCCAUACGAAAUCCAAAUGCCCAACAGACAAAAGCUGUACUGGAUUUAGAAGCAGAAAGAAGAUGGGUAUUAACAGGUACUCCAAUCCAGAAUUCCUUAAAGGACUUGUGGUCUCUUCUUUCCUUUCUAAAACUUAAACCAUUUCUUGAUAGAGAAUGGUGGCACAGAACAAUACAGCGUCCUGUUACAAUGGGCGAUGAAGGAGGACUUAGGCGUUUACAGUCCCUAAUUAGGAAUAUUACACUUAGAAGAACAAAGACAAGCAAAAUUAAAGGGAAACCUGUUUUGGAGUUACCGGAACGUAAAGUAUUUAUUCAGCACAUUACGCUUUCCGAUGAGGAGAGGAAGAUGUAUCAGUCUGUGAAAAAUGAAGGCAGAGCUACAAUUGGGAGGUAUUUUAAUGAAGGAACUGUCCUGGCACACUACGCAGACGUCUUGGGUCUUUUGCUUAGAUUACGGCAGAUCUGUUGUCAUACUCACCUACUUACAAGUGCAGCUUCUUCCAGUGGCCCCACAGGAGAUGACACACCUGAAGAACUUCGAAAGAAAUUAAUAAGGAAGAUGAAGUUAGUUCUGAGUUCAGGUUCAGAUGAAGAAUGUGCAAUUUGCUUGGAUUCUUUAGCAGCUCCUGUGAUAACACAUUGUGCACAUGUGUUUUGUAAACCUUGUAUUUGCCAAGUCAUUCAGAAUGAGCAGCCUAAUGCUAAAUGCCCUUUAUGCAGAAAUAAUAUAGAUGGAAACAAUUUAUUAGAAUGUCCUCCAGAAGAAUUAGUAUCCAACACUGAGAAGAUGACUAGUACAGAAUGGAUGUCCAGUUCAAAGAUUAAUGCUUUAAUGCAUGCAUUGAUUGACUUAAGAACGAAGAAUCCCAACAUAAAAAGUUUAGUUGUUUCUCAAUUUACAACGUUCCUCUCUUUAAUAGAAACACCACUUAAAGCCUCUGGAUUCGUAUUUACUCGUCUGGAUGGUUCUAUGGCCCAAAAGAAAAGAGUUGAAUCAAUUCAGUGUUUUCAAAAUACUGAAGCAGGAUCUCCAACUAUCAUGCUUCUGUCUUUAAAAGCAGGUGGAGUUGGUUUGAAUCUUUCUGCAGCUUCUCGAGUGUUUUUAAUGGAUCCGGCCUGGAAUCCCGCUGCCGAAGACCAGUGCUUUGACAGGUGCCACCGACUUGGCCAGAAGCAAGAAGUUAUCAUCACAAAAUUCAUUGUAAAGGACUCUGUUGAAGAAAAUAUGCUGAAAAUACAAAACACGAAGAGAGAACUUGCAGCUGGAGCUUUUGGAGCUAAAAAGCCAAAUGCUAAUGAAGUGAAGCAGGCUAAAAUCAAUGAAAUCAAAACUUUAAUCGAUUUAUAAUUUGGGAAGUUUUAGUAAAGUCAGCUUGGAUAUACAUACAGAGGUUUUGGAAAUGAGAAAAAUGCAGAGUUUUAGAAAUGAG